CUUGAUUAUUUUCACGGAACAAGGUAAACCACUCGGAUCAGUUAACGGGUGUAACUCGGAACAAGCCCCACUUCAUCUGCAAUCAUCCUAUCGUAUAGAAAGCCUUCUUUAGAUCAUCCAGCACAGAUCGUAUCAGGAUAUACUUGGUAACGUAAUUUAUACGACAUUUAUCAGCAGAAGGCAACAAGGGACGAAAAUAGUGCGGAUUUGUCUGCUGACCAAGAUCGCUGCUGCCCCUUGACUUAGCUAAUGCUAGCUAUACCUAGCGGCACAGAGCGGGGCCCUGGUUAGCAACCUCACCAGAUAACGCACAGAUUUAGCCUUUCUUUUUUUUAGUUGUUUUUAUUUAAACACACUUGGGCGUGAUGGCUUGUGGGGCUACCCUGAAAAGGACUCUGGACUUUGAUCCACUAAUGAGCCAGGCUUCCCCUAAGAGAAGGCGGUGCGCACCGAUCGCGUCUCCGGUCUCUUCGCCGCAGAAAUACUCGCGGAUGGAGCCCUCGCCGUUCGGCGAAGUGUCGUCCAGACUCACCACAGAGCAAAUUUUACAUAACAUCAAACAGGAGUAUAAGCGGCUCCAGAAACGAAGACACUUGGACAGUGGUUUUCAGCAGGCAGACAGCUGCUGUCCUCUGGACCUGCAGAAUGUCCACAGUGGACCCGCCCUAGCAGGGACUUCCUCCGGUGCCUCAUCUCCCACUAGAAAAGAGCAGCCUUUAUUUUCCCUCAGACAGGUCGGGAUGAUCUGUGAAAGACUGCUGAAAGAGCGAGAGGACAAAAUCCGCGAGGACUACGAUGAGAUGCUUACCACAAAGCUUGCAGAGCAAUAUGAUGCGUUUGUCAAGUUCACGCAUGAUCAACUGAUGCGACGGUUUGGAGAGCAGCCUGCCAGCUAUGUUUCCUGAGUGUCAGCGGCCACUAUUGACGAUGCAAAUUGCUGCUGGCUACUCCAGGAACUCUGGGUCCGAUUGGACUUUUCUCUAGCUGUGCCACGUCGCCUCUAUGUGGACUCAGUUUGUGGUAUCCACAUUUGCUCUACAGAGUCAGGAGGGCUCCCUGCUGCCAACUUGUUUAAGGACUCUAUGUGACUCCACCAGUGGCCUCUUAACAAUAUUUAUUUGGCUUUGUUCUGAUGCCUUCGUAAAAGGCUGACUGCUACCACACAACCGGGUCUUUAGAUUUUAUUUUAUUAUUUUUUUGUAGUGGGGCAGCUCCUCCACAUGUAUAUUUUCAAAAAGGGAUUGAACAUUGAUGAGUGGAUAAACCAGGACUGCCCUUAGACUGGGCUCCAGGAACCGACAACUUGGCUUUCGCGGCAUUGUUUUUAAACUGUACUGGCAUUUACUGUUAUUACAUUUGUAUACACUGUAUUUUUCGUGUGACCUUUGUUUAUUGUAACAAAAUUUCAUGGUUUUAUUUGCUGUAGGUGUUAAGAGGCUUUGAUUCAAGAAACGCAAAUAAAGUGUUUACACAAGUA